AUGACAGCGGAUGUCCUUCGGGAGUAUUUUUCACAAUUCGGUCAGGUUUUAGAUGUGUUUGUCCCGAAGCCCUUCCGUUCGUUUGCUUUCGUAACCUUUGAAGAUGCCGAAACUGCGACCGGGCUAUUGGGGAAGGAGCUGACUAUUGAUGGUUGUAAAGUAACCAUCGGGUCUGCCGUACCCAAACUCCCACCUCAACCGAAUCGACAUUACAAUGCUAUGCAGCAGCAAAUGUCCGUUGCUAUGCCGCCCAAUCCAUGGGGUUGGACAUACCCGCCUAUGCAAGACAACGGUAACAUGAGGCCGUAUAAUCCCAACAUGCGCGGCGCACCUGGCCCGAUGCAGGGUUACCAAACGGGGAUGAAUAUGAUGAACCCGAAUCACAUGCAAGCAGGCCCUCCUUUCCAACAACAGCAGUAUGGCCGACCGUAUCAGCUUGCUGGAAAUCGAGUCAACAUGUAA